AUGGAGAUGGAGCGCGUGACGGAGUUGACAAUGGACUGGCGGCCGAGGAAGAGGCCGCGGUUGGGCUGGGAUGUUGGACCUGAGGCCCCUAAGGCUCAGCUAGGAUUCUUUUGUGGACAAGAGAUUGGAAAUGUGACAAGCUAUGCACCUUCAAGCACAGAGUACACUAGUUCUCUGUUUGUUAAGGGCUUGGCUCGAAAUGGUUCUCCACCGAGGCGAGAAGAUGACAAAGAUGGCCAUUAUAUAUUUGAGCUUGGAGAAAAUUUAACUUCUCGCUAUAAAAUACACAGCAAGAUGGGUGAAGGCACUUUUGGUCAGGUCUUGCAGUGCUGGGAUCGGGAAAAAGAAGAAAUGGUUGCCAUCAAAAUCGUUCGCGGAAUUAAGAAGUAUCGUGAUGCAGCUAUGAUUGAAGUGGAAGUGCUCCAACAACUUGGAAGACAUGAUAAAGGUGGCAAUCGUUGUGUACAAAUACGGAACUGGUUUGACUAUCGUAACCAUAUCUGUAUUGUCUUUGAGAAGCUUGGACCAAGCUUAUAUGAUUUUCUACGGAAAAACAAUUACCGCUCAUUUCCCAUUGACCUUGUCCGUGAGAUUGGCAGACAACUGUUGGAAUGUAUAGCAUUCAUGCAUGAUUUGCACCUCAUCCAUACCGAUUUGAAGCCUGAGAAUAUUCUUCUCGUCUCCCCGGAAUACAUAAAAGUUCCUGAUUACAAGGGUUCUUCAAGGUCUCCAAAGGACGCCUCUUACUAUAAAAGAAUCCCCAAAUCAAGCGCUAUCAAAGUAAUUGAUUUUGGCAGUACGACUUAUGAAAGAAAAGAUCAGAGCUACAUCGUAUCCACCAGGCAUUACCGUGCACCUGAAGUCAUCAUAGGACUUGGUUGGAGUUACCCGUGUGACAUAUGGAGUGUUGGUUGUAUUUUAGUGGAGCUAUGCUCGGGAGAAGCAUUGUUCCAAACUCAUGAGAAUUUGGAGCACCUUGCAAUGAUGGAGCAAGUUCUUGGACCACUGCCUCACCAUAUGUUAAAGAAGGCCGACCGACAAGCUGAGAAAUACGUUAGAAGAGGUAGGCUCGACUGGCCUGGAGGAGCGACAUCGAGAGACAGUAUCAAAGCUGUUCUAAAGUUGCCCCGCCUUCAGAACCUAAUCAUGCAGCACGUAGAUCAUUCAGCUGGAGAUUUUAUUCAUCUAUUACAAGGGCUUCUUAGAUACGACCCAUCGGAACGGUUGUCAGCUCGUGAGGCCCUUGGACAUCCUUUUUUCACCAGGGAUCAUCUUAGAAGAUCUUGA